AUGAUAUCCAACGAUAACAAAGGAUAAAUUUAAAAGAAUAUUGGAAGCCAUUUAUUAUAUUCUUAUUCUUAAUAAGGCUUAUCUAAGUAAUCAAUUAAUCGAAAGGAUAAAGAAAAUUAUAUUGAAAUCAAAAAAGUUGUAGAAGGUUAAAGCUAUAAAUAUUCUGAUUAUCAAUCAAGUACUUUAUAGACAUUUACAAAUUUUAAGUAGACGAAUAUAAAUAAUACAUAAAUAUAAAGCUGUGAAAAUAAUAACGAAUAUUGUACAAAAAUGUCAGUUAAAUAAUUGUGUAAAUCUAAAGAAAAUCUGAUAUAGAAUCAAUAUUCUGAUAAUCAUAAUUUUAGAAGUAGAUCAACCAGUCCUUAAUUAAUUUCUUAAAAUUAUUAGAAAUCUGAUAAUAUUAACAUUGAAUUCAUUAAAAAUUAGGAGGGUUAGAGAAUAAAAAAUAUAGCAGAAGGUCUUAAAUCUAAAAUAUAGAGCAAUUUAAAUAACAAACUAAAAAAUCAUUUUAUUUAAUAAUCUAAAUAAAUACAAAGUAGAUUUUUGCCCAAUUAGGAUUUAGUAGCAAAUUAUUAGAAUUAAGUUUAUUUUCAUAAUAGCUGUUUAUCUUUAAAGAAUUUUUUUCAUCAAAAAAGCAUUGAAUUAAAAUAAAAAUUUUUAGAAUAACAAUCUUAAUUAAUUGAGGAAAAAGUAUAAAUUAUAUCAAAUAAAGCUAAAACAAUGGAAUCUACAAAAAAAUCAUUAAGUCGCUCAUAUGAUAUAUCUAUACAUACACCAAAAAAAAUAAUAUAUAAUAAAGAAUGCAUAUCAAAAUUAAGAAAUGAUAAAGAUUCAAAUUAGACUAAAAUAUUAAAUUCUUCAAAUUUAAUGCCACAAUAAAACUAUUAAAUUAAUGAUAAUCAUUAAGAAAAUUAAACUCAAAUUUAGAUUGAAAAUAUUUAAGAGGAUAAUUAUUUUUCAUUAAAUAAAAAAUUUGUAGAAUAAAAUUUUAAUGAAAAGAAAACUCAAAAUUUAUCUAAAAAACAAAUCAGUAUGAGUUCUCCAAUAAAUCUAUCUUCUAAUACACAUUCUUAAAAUAAAUUGAUAACUAAUGAUGAAAGAAAUUCUCCACUAGUUUUAUCAAAUAAGGUAAAUCGUUAUAUGAAUUUAAUUUAAUCAUUUAAAAGUUUUCAUAUAAAUUAGACUUAAUAAAAAAAUGAAAUUGAAAUCUUUGAUUCCAUUUAGGUUAAUGACUUAAAUCAUAUUAGUGAAUUCUCUAUAUUUAAAGAUGAGAAAUAAAACCAUAACUAAAAUUUAGGACUAUUUUCUGAAAUAGAAUAAUAAAUAAGUUUUUCAGAUAUAUAAAUUAAUUAAGAUCUACUUUUAGAAUCAAAUUAAUUUGAUUAAUAAUAUAUCUAAAGAGAUUUUUAAUAAGAUUAUUUUAUUGAUGGAAUAAAAUAAGUUUAUAAUGAAUAAACAAAAAGCUAAUAUUCUGAAUAAAAGUCUUUACUUAAUAAAAAAUAAAUUAUGUUGUAAAAAUAAGGUAAUAAUUUAGUAAAUUAUUUAAAUUAGAAUCCUGUCAGUACAAUCAAUAACUUAAUAAAUGA